AACGGCGGCACGGUCUGCGAACACGCGAAGGACGCGGACACGGUGAUCGUGCGGCGUGCCGGGCUGGAGGAGCUCCGCCGCCGAUACCGCUCGCUGCCCACGCGGUACGCCGAAGGGCCCGAUUUCGUCAAGGAAUGCAUCAGGAACAAGAAGUACGCGCACCAUCCCGUCUUGCCGCGGCCCAUGGGCGGGCUACCCUCCCGGGGUGUCAGGCAGCGCAUCGAGUUCACGUAUCGGGACGAGUGGAACUUGGUCCGGUACCUCGCGGUGCGGAUUCCGUACCCAGAGACUGGUGGGCGGAUGGGUAACGGGGUAUAUAACGAGCUCAUGGAGGAUGCUCGAGACUCGGAUUUUGCCUGGGCACUCCGGCAUACAGCACACUCGUGGCGAGAGCAUUACAAGAACAACCAAAAAUGGUUCGAUGACAUGAUCGAGAGCAUCGUCGAGAAGAAU